UCUACGAUUAAUUUUUCUGUCGAUGUGACGUAACAAAUGGAAAAGUAUAAAUCCGCGUUGCAAUGCAUAACGUCUACAUAAUUGAGUUGGGUGCUACGGUUGAUUGUAUGAUACAGUGUUCAUUUUCAUCAAAAAUAUCCAGAAUGAAAUACUCCAUCUUGAUUUCUGUUUGGAUUGUUACAUUUGCUUGUGUCAACGCAGCAUGCAAUCACGGAGAAACUCAACUGGGUCAAGGGUGUUUGCAUACUACAAAAACUGACUCAAUGACGUUCACGCAGUUUCAUCAUGUAGGACAAAAAUGGAACAGUGGUCCCUGCCUUGAAUGUAGCUGCGAUCCAGUAACGUAUGAGACUUAUUUAAACUGCACUCUUCCUGUACAAAAUACAUUGCCAACAACCAAGGAAACGAAAACUUAUUUUAUAAAUCUUGAAAAUAUCUACCCAACAUCUUGUCCAUUUGGCUUCACAACUGUAACUGAUAAAAACAAAGAUGAACGGUCUGAAGUGUUCGUUGUUUAUCGAAUCGUGGACUCUGUUGCAUGGUCAUGCUGUAACAACAUGGAAAAUCCAACCAUACCUGACGAGUGCGAAGCUAUACUUCUGCCAAAUGGGUGCCAACAUGAAUUUGUCUUAAAAGCUGACAAUAGUUUGCCAUGUCCUGGACCAGUCAGCGCAGUUGGGUAGAAUAAAUGAAAUCGUUCGGAGGUUGAAUUAUAAGAUUUGAAAUGACCACUCACUCGGUCUGAAAUGAUUUAUUUUAUUUUGUUCACGUGCAUAUAUUUAUCUUUCCUACUGACGUCCUUCGAGUGCAAAUCAAUAGUCAAUAAAAAAUCAAUCAAACCAAUAUAAAAAUCAUCAAUAAAGAUCUAAUAAGAAAAAAAGCUACGCAGUUAAUAAAAGAAGGCCACUUUGGCGGCAUCUCACUGGCAUCGCAUGACACAGAUAUCGGGUGUAAGCUCCAGCCAGGACUAUAAACGGUCAGAACAAUGCAAAUAAGCCUAUAUUUAAACACUUAUUUUCUACUUUUAAUCCAAAACAAUAGGGCACCACAAACAUUUAAUAUUGUCACGUAUAACAAGGUAAGAAUUGAGUAAGAAAGUAAACACUUCCAAAUAAUCGUUUUGUCAUUCGGACAUUAUAUAUUAAGUAAAUAGGAAACUUGUAAUAACGAUGAAUAUUUUUGUUUUAUUUAAUGUCAUCGUUAAUAAAAUCGUGCAUAGAAAUAUGAAAUCGUGGAAGGUUACAACUAUUCUAAUUGUCGUACAUGAAGCAAUAAAUUUUGCAAACAGUGGAA